UUUACGCACAGCAACGAUGGCAAUAUCGAAAAAGUCAACCAAUACCAGAAAAUUAAUUGAUUUUUAUUACUAAUGAAGUAUGUUGCUCAUACCUGUUGCUGACCGAUUCCGUGUAUUUUUCAUUUUAUGUAACUUUACGGGGAAAUGAAUUUCGUGUGAAUUUCAAAACUUAGCUUUCAUAUUUAUGGGUUAGCGUACAUCAUAUUCGUAAUUUUUUUUUUUUCAAAAAUCUUAAUUCUUACUAGGAGAGUGUUGGAAUAAGAAUUACGUAUUUUUUGAAACUUGAUAAUACGAUUUUGAUUUUGAGAGAGAAAUUCAAUUUUGUACAAAAUUAAAAUUUUGGAUUGUAUUGUAACAUUUGCCACACACCAUGUACAUCAAUUAUCUAUUAUUAUUAUUAUUAUUAUUAUUAUACGAUAAACACACUAUAUGAUUGACUAAUACAAAAUAUACUCACUAAACACAUUUUACCUGCCCAAAAUAUAACUUAAUAUAUUAAAACGACACAUGGAAAGCAGUUUGACACUAACCAUCAACACGAGCGAACUCAGCAAUACAUUUAUUAACAGCCAUCUCCAAAACAAUAAAGUAUUAUUUUAAAUAUAAUAAUUAUCAUAGAUUUAUAAACCAAACGUACCUUAUUAUUGAUAAAUACCUCAUACACAGGGCUUCAACCCUCAGCUAUAGAAAACUUAUUUAUAAGGAAGAGAAAAUUUUCUCUGGAUAACUAAUAAUAUUGUAACAAGGUUUCUCCGACCACAUAAUACUAGUAUGUUCACAGAGUGCAUUAUAUUAGCAAAAAGAAUUUUUAAAUAUAUUUAUUUUAAACAGGAUAUGAUUAGAAAAUCGUAUAUCUGGUCAUUUUAUGUGGUUUUGAUUUUGCAAUGCAAGGAUAUCCCUCCCUUUCUCUCUCUGUGCACGCCACUGACCACUAUACACUGGUGACUACAUAUCAUUUGUCGAGCGUUUCUCAAGAAUACCGGAUGGCCUAUUAUUGUUAUUCUGAAAUUUAUUAUGUCCUGACCGGCGGGCUGGGAAGUCACUGAGACUUUUAUGCAGUUCUCUCGACCGUCGUUCAUGGUGCCGAAAAUCGUCAACGAAAGCCACCGUGUGUGUGAGGUAAUGGACCGAUUGUUGCCACGGGACGUCGGCGACUACGACCUGUUCAUCACAGAACCACUGAGCAGCGAGUGCGUGUCGCACGCGGCACGGCGACUCGGCGUUUCGCUCGUCUACGUCGUUUCCGCGCCCCUGCUGCCCUGGAUCGAGACGGCCGCGUUCGGCCACUACUCCAACCCGGCGGUCGUGCCGCACCCGUUCGCCGUGCUCGACACGUUCUACCGGCGACUGCACAGCGCGGCCAUGCACCUGUACACGGUGGUCGCCAACUACUGGUCCACGGCGACCGCGGCUGCCGUCGAACGUCGGCCCUACGAUCUCGCACCGCCCGUCAAACCCGCCCUGGUUUUCGUCAACACACACCACGUUACUACCGAACCACCCAGAUUCGUGCCGGCGAACCGCGUGGACGUCGGCGGCAUACAUUUGACCGCACCCCAACCACUGCCGGCCGUCAAAUACGAUAUUAUAAAAUAAGGAAGACUAUAAAAGCACUAUAGCAAGAUGAGCAAUGAAACGAAAAAAAAAUUAUUCUUGAUUGGAAUAAGUAGAAGGGAAAAGUCCAGUGUCCAAA